AUGACUGAAAGUGUUAACAACGCGUCCGAUAUACACAGUCAUACCCAAAUGGGAAAAGAACCAAUACAAAGUCAUUUAGAAAGCGAGGUCAUGCCGGAAAGUACGUCAUGGUCUACUACCAAUGCUACCAUUUCAUUAUCUAUUAAACAACCUCUAUCACCAAAAACAACGACAUCAACUUCCUAUCAAUCGAGCAGUACUACUGCAGAUUUAUCCACAGACACAAAAGAUAAAGAUAAUUCCAAUACUACCGAACAAAGUGAUACUUCCAAAUCUUCAAUUAGUACUUUAUUAGAGCUACCUUUAACUUCAUCAAAUCCUGCCAUAGCUAAUCCAAGUCAAUGUACUACACAAGCCAUCAUGGAGGAACAAGCUGUAUUGCAUACAAAUAAUAUAAAUUCGACAAUGGAUGAUAUCAACAAUGUUGACAAUGAUCUGUUAACGGACGACAAGAUAGCAUCAAAUUUAGAUGACAGCGUACAAGAAGAAGACAGUAACAUUAUAACUACGCUUGCUAAUUUAGCAUCAUUGUCACCAACUGAUCAGAUAUUCCAACAAACUGCAGCGAUUGGGAUAAAUAGUCUACCAAAUGAAAUUAUCGACUGUCAACUAUUCGAUGAAUUUUCUGUUACUGCAAACGCUACGCUUAACGGAUCGACCUCUCUUAGUCAGGAAGAAUUAAUUGCCUUAGCAGCAGAUGAUAACGACAAAAAAUCGAAUUUAACUCUAAUUCAAGCACAACAGCAAUCCAUUGAUAAAAAUGUUAGCAAUUCUAAUCCCAAAGCAGGCAAUCAAUCCGGACCAACGUCGACAAAGACAAACUUUACUCUCCAGCAGUUGAUGUCGACUAAAGCUAGUAAUCAGAAAUUACUUGCCGAACGACUAUCCUUAUCAAGCAUUGAAACUAAAGACAUCAAGUUAUAUGCUAAUAACCUAAGCGCUUUACUCAUAAAUACGAAAAAAACGCCCGAUGUUAAGCAACAAACUCAACCAGUCGAUGCUGUUAAAACAACGACUUCUACUUCAACAAAUUAUGAUCAUAGGUCAAUGCCCUUAUCUCUGAUAUCAAAUAUCACCAAGUUUGUGGUAUCAACCAAGACCUCCGAUAAGGGGUUAUAUGAAAAUAACAGUACAAAAACGACAAGUUCCACUUCCAAACUUACUUCAACGCCAAAAGUGCCACCAUCGAAAAACCGCUCAAAGUCGACUAAAACGGGAACAUCUAGCAAGCCUUUGAAUCAAGGGAAAAAACGCCCACCUCCUACUGCAGCUGCUAAGCAAGCCAAACGAGCUGCAAGAAUUACAACUGCUUUGGGUGUCGAUCAGAUAUUCGUGGAAUCACCACAGAUGAAACCUUUCGAAUCUUUCGAGAAUGCUUGCCGAGAGCUCCUACGUUACCAUGUCUACUAUGAACCAAUACCAAAAGAAGAAGACGUAACAAAAUUUGAUGAAGCUUAUGAAUGCACAAGUGAGCAAACUCUUCAAAAGAUUCAACGAAUGUAUAAUAAAUUUACUCGACUUUUAUACGAAGAGAGCAAGUCAUAUGCUCCAUCAGCUGAGAGAGUUUUGAUGGAUCGAAUUUUUUUAGCCGACGAACGUAAGGAUUUUGAGGAAAUAAAGAAAGAAAGCAUGGGUAAAUUCGCAGAAUCAGCAGGCACAGUGUUAGCAACGUUAAGUACAUCUGGUGCAGUAUCUGAUUCUGUGCCAGAGUCAGUUGAGACAAAGGCUGAUUCAGUUAAUGAUAAAGUAUGA